AUGAACAAGCUCGAUGACAUCCUAAGACGAUACACCGUCCAAGGAGAGGACACAAAAAACAAACUCCUCGGAGCUGCAUUCGUAGUCACCGACAAACAAGGUAGACACCUGCAACUCACUCACAUUCCUCCAAAGCUAAUCCCCCCAGGAACCAUCUACAGCGGCGCAAAUGGUCGUCUUGACCUGGACACCAAAUCACCCAUCUUCACAGAGAAGACAUUCACAUGGGUAGCAUCACUCACAAAACUCGCCACCACCAUCUCCAUCCUGCAGCUCGUGGAGCAGGGCAAACUCAACCUCGACGCCGACACACGGCACCUCAUCCCGCAGCUGCAAAAUGCCCAAAUCCUGCGUGAAUUCGACGACAACGACAACCCCGUCAUGGAAAACAACAACAGCCCCAUCACCAUGAGGCAGCUCCUCACCCACACAUCCGGCUUCAGCUACGAGUUCUCGGACCCCGUUCUGCUGCAGUGGUCGCGCACCCAGCCGAACCGGCACGUCUCGCGCAUCCAGUGGUCCAGACUGGAAUUCACUACGCCGUUGCGCUUCGCACCCGGCGAGAGCUGGGGAUACGGCGUUGGCCUCGACUGGGCGGGCCAGGUUCUCGAGGCUAUCACUGGUAAAACACUCGGGCAGUACAUGCAGGAAAACAUCUUUGAUCCGCUGGGAUUAAGUGAUACGGGGUUCUGGCCGGAGAGAAUUCCACACACGGCGUCUAGGACGCUGCAGAAUGUGCAGAGGACAAAGGACAUGGGGCUCUCGGAGGCGUACUGGCCAACCCCGGAGAAGCACGAGAUUGAGUCUGGUGGCGGUGGGCUCUUCACAACGGCUAGUGACUAUGCGGUGUUUUUGAGGGCCUUUCUGACGGGGAAAUUGGUCGGCGAGGAGACGAUGAAGGAGAUGCGUACGUCGCAGUUGAAUGAGGCGCAGAGCCAGUUCUUCAACAUGAUUGCGUUUCAUCCCAUGGUCCAUAAUACGUUUGCGCCAGAGUUCCAGAAGGGGACCAAGAUUACCCACGGACUAGGGGGCAUGGUGAAUAUCGAGGAUGUGCCGGGGAAGAGAAAGGCGGGCAGUAUUGCGUGGAGUGGGAUUUUGAAUAGUCGAUGGUGGGCGGACCCGAAAACCGGCAUUGCAGGCGUUCUUGUCGUCAAUGUUCGUCCGAAUGGUGAUCCUGUGGUGGCUAAACUGUACGAUGAGUUGGAAUAUGCGGUCUAUGGGGAAUUGUUGGGCGAAAAGGCUCUUCAAAGUCGCAUUUAG